AUGAGCGAGGAUGCUGCGGUACUUACAGCCGAAAAUGACAUGUGCCAGCUUUCCUCGAGCUUCGGCCUUGAGAGCUUCCACCAUGGGCCUGUACAUCAGCAAAUACUGGGGCGCUUGGGAGGGGUUUCGACGAAGCACAAUUUGCUUAUGCACAACCAAAAUAUGAGCAAUUCUCUAUCAGAAAACUUUAUCCUGGACUCGUUUCCGUUUGUGUCGAAUCCAGAGUACGAUUUAAACGGCUUUUUAACCCAGGCGGUACCAUUCACACAGAUGGUGACGGAGCAGGAGGAGAACAAUAUAAACACGGAUGCAAAAUCACUGACAAGCAUGUCUUGUAUGCUGCCCAUGGAACGAGCUGGAGCUCCACAAGGUUUACCGCGGAUAGAUCCCAAUGCCCCAUUGACACACGACACCUACUGUUCGCUCUAUUUUCCAACAAAGGAUACUGGAAAUUUUGACCCCAUGGUCUCUGUGGUAAUGCCAGUAAUCUCCGACGAGGCCGCAUUAUCUACAGGAAUGAAAUCGGUAUCGCUCGCACUAAAACGAAGCCCGAGCGCUGUUAUCAUGCCCACAAUAGCGAAGCAGUCCGCCACCGAGGCUACAGAACAGGGGGUUCUCUUGCACAAGCACAUUUCUGCGCGAUUGUACGAGUGCUCCAUUUGCCACAAGAUGUUUGAGCGUGCUUAUAACCGAAAAAUGCACCUCGCCACCCAUGAAGCCAUUGAGAACCGCUUAAAACCCUUUGUUUGUCCUGUGGAGAGCUGUGGGAAACGCUUCGCACGCAAGCACGAUAAGAAUCGACAUUAUACAGGGGUUCAUCUUCGUACACGGAGACCUGCCGGCGAAUACACCUUCAAACCCAAUGAAAUGUCAAGCAUGUCGCUGAAAUCGGAGCUUUAG